CGGAAGGAGGACGGCUGGGGAGUCGCAGCCCGGGAUUGUAAAUAAGACCGCUAAAACUGUGUUUUAUUUACAAAAGUGAUGCCGGCUGUUUUAAAAUAUCUUUCCCAGUUGUUUUAAGUCGUUUUUCGUAAUUUUUGGCUCUAUUUCUCGCCUAUUUCCGUGUGGUUUUUACACUACGCGUAUAAUGGCGAGCUCGGCUAACUCGAACCCAGUGAUUGUUCUCAGAUAAAGCCAUCUGGUAGGAGCAAUGGCUAACGUAAGAGGAGCUGUAACGUUACAUAAACCUAAACUUUACAAGUCUGUGAUUGAGGAUGUGAUCAACGAGGUGCGAGAGCUGUUCCUGGAUGAGGGUGUGGAUGAGCAAGUUCUUCUGGAGCUGAAAACGCUAUGGGAAAACAAACUGUUGCAGUCCAAGGCAGUGGAGGGCUUCCAUACGGAGGAGCAGGCGGCCCUGCAGGCCGCUCAGCAGCACCAGCAGCAGGUUCAGCAGCAGGUUCAGCAGGUCCAACAAGUCCAGCAGGUGACCCAGCCAGCACAGGCCCAGCAAGUCAUCCUGCCCCCUCAGCAGCAGCAAGCUCCCCAGCAGCAAGUCAUUGUUCAGGAUUCCAAGAUUCUACAGCACAUGAGUGCAACGGGGAUGAGUGCAGCAGCUACCGCAGCAACCCUUGCGUUGCCCACAGGGGUCACCCCGUACCAACAGCUCAUCACCAGCCAAGGUCAGAUCCUGCAGGUGGUCCGUGCUCCCAAUGGGGCUCAGUACAUCAUCCAGCAGCCCCAGCAGCAGAUCCUCCUGCAGCAGCAGAUGCAGCCUGGCGGCGUGCAGGCACCGGUCAUACAGCAGGUAUGCCCCAUUAGACAGGUCCUGGCUCCUCUUCAGGGAGGCCUGCCCCAGCAAACAGGAGUCAUCAUCCAGCCGCAGCAGAUUGUCUUAGCUUCAGGAAACAAAGUCCAAGGCAAUACACAGGUGAUGCAGGCAACAGCUCUGACGCAGCAGCCUGGUCAGGCAGCAACAGCUCAGGUCCAGCAGGCCCAGGGUGCAGCUGCAACACAGGGCCCACCACAGGCCCAGCAGCAGGCCCAGAUGCUCCAGGUGGACGGUGCCGGAGACACCUCCUCGGAGGAGGACGAGGAUGAGGAGGAGGAGUAUGAUGAAGAUGAGGAGGAGGAGAAGGACAAGGAUGGGGGGGAGGACGGGCAGGUGGAAGAGGAGCCGCUGAACAGUGGUGACGACGUCAGUGAUGAGGAGGACCAGGAGCUGUUUGAUACAGAGAAUGUAGUGGUGUGCCAGUAUGACAAGAUUCACAGAAGUAAGAACAAAUGGAAAUUCCACCUGAAGGACGGGAUCAUGAAUCUGAAUGGGAGAGACUAUGUCUUCUCCAAAGCCAUUGGGGAUGCCGAAUGGUGAAGUAGAAAAAAAAAACAAAAAACAGACGAAGCAACAGGAGCAGGAACUCUGUAACUCCUUCUAUCCAGUUAACAGACACUUUUAAUAUCCUUCCAUAUCCUGUGACUGGAUUCAUUUCAGGAAACUUCUUCUGAGUCUUUGAGAACUCCGAGGAACCCAAAGGACUGUGAGGUACCGUUAGAAAAACAAAACAAACCUGGGUGUCGUCAAAAACGCUCGACUGGCCUUGCGGGAUGCAAAACCUACAAGGGUAAGGGAAAGCCUGUGAAUAUAGCGUUCUCCAUCUUUUUUGCUUCUUCCAGGCUUCUCCACGUUUAGUUUUUUUUUUAAUUUUUUUUCCCUGAGAGAAUUCACGUGCAUUGGAACGUAAGCAUUUCACAUCGUACAGGUGUAGUGGACCUGGGUGAUCUGGCCUGUCCUGCCACAGGAGGGUCAGCGGUCAUUCAUUAGAACCCCGUAGAUGAGAAACACCUUCAUGAUGCACAUGACUGUAGUCGGUUGACUGGAUUGACUCGUGUCUACAUUUAAGUCCAAACUUAGUGCCACCAGUCAGAAUCAACAUUUGGCUUCUGAUUUUUGUUCUUUGAUCAUAACUUGUCUCAAUUCAUGGGUAAUGAAAAUGCUGCUCCAGAGUGUUUUUAUGUAGUGAACAGUUUAAAUUUUUUUUUUUUUUUUUUUUUUUUUAUAAAUGUGUUCAAGACAAAGAAGGUAAAAAUUACAUGAAACCCUAAAAUAAUUAAUAGUUGUUAAAUGGCAUUAUUUUAUUCCUCUUAAUGAGUGCUCAAUCCAAAAAUAUUUAAUUAAUUUUCCUCAUCUGCUUCUCUGGAGCUUCAUUUCAUCUUUAUCCAAACUCUUUAACAACAACAAAAAGGAAGAACCGAUCCAACACUGAAUUUAUUUAAGAAUUGUACAAAAUGUCUGAAAGUUUGUCAUGUUGGUGUAUCUUCUUUGCUCUUAUUUUAGUUCCAUGCAGCCGUCUGAAAAUUUGCACUGUCAGUUUUUCAAUGUGUCGUGAAAUUAGUCAGUCAAGUUAAUCAAUAGCCACAGGGUGGGUGUGUGUGUGUGUGUGUGUGUGUG